AGGCGCCGCCUCCUCCUCCUCCUCCUUAGCUGCCGUCGCCGCCGGUCCUUGGGCUCCAGAGAACCAAGGCCCAGAGAUGUUUAGUAACUUGCCUAAUGUCACACAGGUAGAACCAAGUAAAUCGGGUGUUUUGGUUGUUUUUCAACUGUAAAUGGGCUUGCUCCCAGGGUAGCCCAGUAAGGUUUUAGACUCUUAAAAACAUCACCGGCAGCUUCUGAACCUCUGAGAUUAAAUUGACUUUCUUCCUUGGUUAUGAUGCUAAGGCUGCUUGUGUUUGGGGUGCUGCUUCAUGACAUGCUGGGGAGCAACCAAGAUGAAACUUCUCACCUGAAAGGCCUUCCAGGGGCAUUGUCAUCCACCUACUGGAGCCUUCACUUGCCUGAAGAGCACAUCCCUUACUUUCUCCACAACAAUAGACAUCUUGCUGCAGUCUGUGACAAAGACCCACAAUGCCCUUACAAAAAACAUUUAAAGCAUCUUGAAUCCUGCUGGGGCUAUGAGAAAUCAUGCAGGCCAGAGGCUCGGUUUGGCUAUCCUGUUUGUAGUUAUGUGGAUAUGGGAUGGACUAAUACCAUUGAAUCAGCUCAGGAGAUAUUCUGGAAACAAGCAGAUUUUGGUUAUGCAAAGGAGCGCCUGCAUGAAUUACGGACCCUCUGCCAACCUAUGGAAACAGGUGAUUCGUGGCUAGUUUGCUCCCGCUACCUUCAGUACUGCAGAGUAUCAAACUUAUACAUUGAUCUAAGACAGGUGAAGAGAAAUCAUGACAGAUUUAAGGAAAACUUCCUACAGAAAGGUGACAUAGGAGGUCAUUGUAAACUUGAUGUUGACACAUUGAUAUCUGAAGGUCAAAGGAAAAGCCCACUACAAUCCUGGUUUGCUGAACUACAAACAUACACGGAGCUAAGCUUCAAACCUAUCGAAGACGGCAAGUGUGACAUCAUAAUUGAAAAGCCAACCUACUUCAUGAAGUUAGAUGCAGGUGUUAACAUGUAUCACCACUUCUGUGAUUUUAUCAAUCUCUACAUUACUCAGCACGUUAACAAUUCCUUCAGUACAGAUGUCAACAUCCUCAUGUGGGAUACUAGCUCCUAUGGAUAUGGGGACCUGUUCAGUGAGACUUGGAAGGCAUUCACCGACUAUGACGUCAUCCAUUUGAAAGUAUAUGAUUCAAAAACGGUGUGUUUCAAGGAAGCUGUCUUUUCCUUACUUCCCCGAAUGAGAUACGGAUUGUUUUACAACACACCACUGAUCUCAGGCUGCCAAAAUACGGGAUUAUUUCGAGCAUUUUCCCAGCAUGUGUUGCACAGACUGAACAUCACACGGGAUGGACCACAGGAUGGAAGAAUCCGUGUCACUAUCCUUGCCCGCAGUACAGAAUAUCGGAAGAUAUUAAACCAGAACGAGCUUGUAAAUGCAUUGAAAACUGUGUCUGCAUUUGAGGUCCGAAUAGUAGAUUACAAAUACAAGGAGAUUGGGUUUUUGGAACAACUGAGGAUUACGCACAACACAGACAUAUUUAUCGGCAUGCAUGGAGCUGGUCUGACACACUUGCUUUUUCUCCCAGACUGGGCUGUGAUUUUUGAACUGUACAACUGUGAGGAUGAACACUGUUAUUUAGACCUAGCCAGGUUGAGAGGGAUUCACUAUGUCACCUGGAAGAAAAAGAGCAAAGUCUUCCCUCAAGAUAAGGGUCACCAUCCAACUCUAGGAGAGCACCCCAAAUUUACAAACUAUUCUUUCGAUGUAGAAGAAUUUAUGUCUAUCGUCCUCCUGGCUGCAGAUCAUGUAUCUCAACACCCAAAGUGGCCAUUUAAGAAAAAACGUGAUGAACUAUGAAAAAGAAAUGUCAAUUGUUUUUUAUCAGUUUCACUGGAGUGGAAUGGAAACCGCAGGAUCUAAAUAUUAGAGCACCCAAGCUCAAAAUUUUUUUUUUUAAACCAAACAAGUGCCAUGUUUUAUACCAAAAUGCACAUCUACAAUGUUGAAGUAUUUGAACUAUGGUCUUUUUUGACCAUUCUUUCUGAUUUCUAUGUUGUUGCUAUUUAUCAAGACCAUUUGAGACUUUUGCACUGAUCAUUUUAAUUCUUCCAUUUUGUAAAUGUUUUCAGACUCAUAAGAAUGUUUAAUUUUUUUCAUUGGCGGUAAUGAACAUUUCAUGGGUGAGUUACUGAGUUUUCUUGCCUCGGAAUCUGCAAAGGUUUUUGGUUUUUGUUUGUUAUUAUUUUCAGUUUUAUGAUAUGAUAGUGACUGUAAUUUCAAUCAUCACUUCAGCUUAUUUCUGACAUAUAUGGAUUUAUAAGACCACAGAUAUAGAGCCCAAAGGAAUCUUAGAGGCUGUAGGAUUAGAAGAGCAUCAGUUCUGGACUUGGAGUCUAACUCUAACUCGUGAGAUCUUGGACAUUGAGAGAGAAGAAAACUCAUGAGAGAGGGAAACUUGGAGACUGACUUUCAUAGACAGGUCUGGGGCAGAAUUUGAAUCCAGGUCUUAAUGAAUCCCAGUCCAAAAUCCUAUCCAUUAUACCUUUAACAAAGAACUUUCUCUUCUUCCCUACAAACUAACCCUAAUAUGAUUUGGGACGUGGAAAAAAAAAGAAUUUCAAGUAUAAUAAGCCAAUAAUUCCUUCAACCUUAGUCUGAUUUUUCAGUCACCUAGUGGUGUCAAGUAUCCUGAGAUUAAAUUGCAUCCUAUGCAAUUGUGAUAGGAUGUAUGUCACUAAUAGGAGUCAGGUUUUAAUGUGAACUAUGUAUUGUAUGACAAAUUUAAUUUUAAUUUUUCUUGGUUGCAUAGCAGUAUUUUGAUAAACUUUUCCCUUUAGUGAGGCAAAGCAAAACUCCCCAAUUUGUAAAGUGUCUCUUUUUAAAGAAAGCUUAGGUUCUGUUGUUGGGGUAGAUAAACCCCUACAUCCCUGGGUCACCUCCCCCAUGGAAAGAUCCAAGUUUUUUAGGUCUUCAUAUGUUUCUGUAUUCAACCUGAUUGUCAAUGUAAAGAGUGUUUUUUUUUUCAAAUUAAAAAAAAGAAAGGAUCUAUUAGAUUAGAGGGAUACCAUUAUGAAAACAGGUAAGGUGUUAUUAAACUCUAUCUAUAUGUGGAAAAAGUAUUAGGAUCAACUCUGCUAUUUAUGCCCUUCUAGGAUGCUUCAUUUCUGUUGUUAGAAUUCAUUCUGCUGCAAAAUGAGACAUUUACAGCUGUCUAAACACUUGCAGAGUUUAAUUUUCAAGGCUCCUGACUACCUUUUGUUAAAUAAUUGUAAGUGACUUCCUAAAGGUUAGGCCUAUUUAUUAUACUGCCUUUGAAAAUCCAGGUGAAUGACUGUAGUGCUGACUGAUACACAGGUUGGUUUGGGCUCUAGAAAAAUUCUUUUCUCAGAAACUCGGCUGAUUGCAGUGGAUUUUCUAAUCACGAUUGUUGCUGCUUUUCUAUGUGCAGAAUACUAAGUAAUUAUUCAGGAAAACAUGCUUCGCUCAAAAGGGAAAUGGAAAAACAAAGUCACACUUUGGGUCAGGAUCGAAAAUUUUAAAUGCAGUAUUUCUGUAUUUGUGUUAUUACCUCAUUUUACAGAAGUGUCUAGGACAAUGUUGUUUUGUAAAGUAGCAUGGAUUUCAAAACAUUUAGCUUUUCUAGAAAAAAGCUAUAUUUAUUAUACUUUGCACAUAUUUUAGAGAGACUGGUAAAUUUUAUAGAAACAGAAGAAUGCAUCUGAUAAUUAUGUGGUUAAACAGAGGGAGCCAUUUUAACAUGUGAAAACUUUUAAAAUUUUAAAGUGCAAAGCUUGCUACUUUUAUCAAUCCAAAUUCUUAAGAUUAACCUGUAAAAAGCUGUGAUGUCUUUUGCCAUUUUUUUGGGGGGGGAUCAUGCUUUUGAA